UCCAACAUGGCCGCGCCCGGGGGAGACAGAGUACAGGUAUCCGCUGCGGCUUUCUGGCGCUAGAGUGGAGAGGCUGGCGCAGAAGAAGGCACCACGUGGUGAGAACCCGGCCUGAGCCGAAGCGGAGGUGCGUGGCACUUCUUGCUGGCGGUUUGCUAUGGACAGCAACCAUCAUAGUAAUUACAAGCUCAGUAAAACUGAGAAGAAGUUCUUAAGGAAACAGGUUAAAGCCAGUCAUACUUUGCUGAGACAUGAAGGCAUUCAGACAGUAUCCUAUGCCACUCAGAGCCUCGUUGUCGCCAAUGGUGGUUUGGGUAAUGGUAUGAGUAGAAACCAGCUGCUCCCGGUUUUAGAGAAAUGUGGACUGGUGGAUGCUCUCUUAAUGCCGCCUAACAAGCCCUACUCAUUUGCAAGAUACAAAACUACAGAAGAAUCUAAGAGAGCCUAUGUUACCCUCAAUGGAAAAGAAGUAGUGGAUGAUUUAGGGCAAAAGAUCAUUCUGUAUAUGAAUUUUGUGGAAAAAGCACAAUGGAAGGAGUUGAGGCCUCAAGCCUUACCUCCAGGACUCAUGGUAGUAGAAGAAAUAAUUUCUUCUGAGGAUGAGAAAAUGCUUUUAGAAAGUGUUGAUUGGACAGAAGAUACAGACAAUCAAAAUUCUCAAAAAUCCUUAAAGCACAGAAGAGUAAAGCAUUUUGGUUAUGAGUUCCACUAUGAGAACAACAGUGUAGAUAAAGAUAAGCCAUUAUCUGGGGGUCUUCCUGACAUUUGUGAUAGAUUUUUGGAGAAAUGGUUGAGGGAAGGUUACAUUAAACAUAAACCUGAUCAAAUGACCAUAAAUCAGUAUGAACCUGGUCACGGAAUUCCCGCUCAUAUUGACACGCAUUCUGCUUUUGAGGAUGAGAUCAUUUCUCUCAGUUUGGGGUCAGAGAUUGUCAUGGAUUUUAAGCACCCAGAUGGUAUCACAGUGCCAGUUAUGUUGCCACGUCGGAGUUUGCUUGUGAUGACUGGAGAAUCUAGAUACCUUUGGACCCAUGGAAUCACAUGCAGAAAAUUUGAUACUGUUCAAGCAUCUGGAAGUCAAAAAAGUGGAAUUAUCACCAGUGAUGUUGGAGACAUAACUUUAAGCAAGAGGGGAUUAAGAACAUCAUUCACAUUUAGGAAAGUGAGGCAAACGCCUUGUAACUGUAGUUACCCUUUGGUCUGUGAUAGCCAGAGGAAAGAGACUCCUCCCUCAUUUCCAGAGAGUGAUAAAGAAGCCUCACGGCUGGAGCAAGAGUACGUCCAUCAAGUUUAUGAAGAGAUUGCUGGGCACUUCAGCAGCACGAGACAUACCCCUUGGCCACACAUUGUGGAGUUUUUGAAGGCUUUGCCAAAUGGCUCUAUAGUCGCUGAUAUUGGAUGUGGUAAUGGAAAGUAUCUCGGCAUCAAUAAGGAGUUAUAUAUGAUUGGUUGUGAUCGUAGCCAAAACCUUGUGGACAUUUGCAGAGAGAGGCAAUUUCAGGCUUUUGUCUGUGAUGCAUUGGCAGUACCAUUCCGCAGUGGAUCUUGUGAUGCCUGCAUUUCCAUUGCUGUUAUUCAUCAUUUUGCAACAGCAGAACGUAGAGUGGCAGCUCUGCAAGAACUUGUUCGACUCCUGAGACCAGGUGGGAAGGCACUCAUUUAUGUCUGGGCAAUGGAACAAGAAUAUAAUAAGCAGAAGUCCAAGUAUCUUAGAGGAAACAGAACUAGCCAAGAAAAGAAAGAGAUGAACAGUGAUACCUCAGUGCAGAGGUUGCUUGUGGAGCAAAUGCCUGAUAUGGACAGUCCGGACUCAGCAUCUUCUGUUCCUUCCAUUAAUGACUCUCAGGAGGGAAGAUGUAAUUCAUGGCAAGUUUCUAAUUCCAAGCUGCCUAUUCAUGUUAACAGGACUUCUUUUUAUUCUCAAGAUGUACUGGUUCCAUGGCACCUUAAGGGAAACCCUGAUAAAGGCAAACCUGUUGAGCCAUUUGGUCCCAUAGGAUCCCAUGACCCAAGUCCCGUGUUUCAUCGUUACUACCAUGUCUUCCGUGAGGGGGAAUUGGAAGCUGCCUGCCAGGCUGUGAGUGAUGUCAGAAUUCUGCAAAGCUACUACGAUCAGGGAAACUGGUGUGUGAUUCUUCAAAAGGCCUGAUUACUUACCUGAACACAUCACAUAUAAAAAAGAAAUGCUCAUUUAAAAUAAAAAAGAGAGAGAGAGAGACUAAAUUACCCGUAAAGAGAAAAUUUUGGGGAAAGUACCAAAGGAACGCUGAGAAAAAUUUGGAAAUAGGGAUUCAUUAGGAAACAUUCAAAUGGCUGUUGUUGGCUGACAUCACAGAUGUGAUAUAGGCACCUCCUACUUCCUUGCUAGAGACGACUUCUAAAAGUGAUUGAAGCAGUUUGUGCAGUGUUUGUAAUUCUUGGGUAAGAGUCCAGCAUUUUGAAGAUAACAUUUUUUAGUAAAGUGCUACUAAAUGUUCUAAAUUAUGUAAGAUUUUAGGGAAGUAAUUAUAUCAUAUGUUAAUACAGAAAAUAUUCCUGGUCAGUGGAAAAUUGUCUGAAGUUUUUUUGUUUGUUU